CGUUUUCAUAUGGUGGCGCUCUGGCCCUACACCAGACAUGAUGAUAGGGCCAGAGAAAACUCGGGCUAGUUAUAUACUGUGUGCAGGCGGAACGUGUGAUGCUGACCGUCACACAGAAACAGGAAGCGAAGUAGAAAUGGAUCUUCUGAAUUCCAAUGACGAACAUCAACAGUCCAAUGGCAACACAACAUGUUUCACUGAAAGAAGAAAUAAUGAGGACAUUGGAGUAUCUAAUGCUGACUCUCUAUUGCACAACUGUGCUUCACAAGGUUCCGGUGAUGGCUCUCAACUGUCCAGUGGUAUCACACAAGGUUUCGGUGUUAACUCUCAACUGCCCAGUGGUAUUACACAAGGUUCCGGUGUAACUCUAAACCAUCCUGUAGAGUUACACAACGUUCCACUGUUGGCUCUCAAUCAUCCAGUGGUAUUACACAAUGUUCCGGUGUUGACUCUUAACCGCCCAGCGGUAUUACACAACGUUCCACUGUUGGCUCUCAAUCAUCCAGCGGUAUUAUACAAGGUUCGGUGAUGUCUCUGAACCGCACAGUGGUAUUACACAAUGUUCCGGUGUUACUUCUCAACCAGUUGUAUUACACAAGGUUCCGGUGUUAACUCCCAACCAGUUGUAUUACACAAGGUUCCGGUGUUAACUCUCAACCAGACGUAUUACACAAUGUUCCGGUGUUAACUCUCAACCAGACGUAUUACACAAGGUUCCGGUGUUGACUCUAAACUACCCAGCGGUAUUACACAAUAUGUCGCUGUGGACUGUGAACCGCCCUGUAGUAUUUCACAUGGUUUCGCUGAUGACUCUUAACCGCCCAGUGGUUUUACACAAGGUUCCGAUGAUAACUCUCAACAGACUUCUGAGGAUUUAUUGUUAUCCCAUUGUGACUUGAGUUUUUAAUUAGAAGGAAAUGGUUGAAUCCUAAUCGAUUCACAGAAUGAAACUAGAGGCUUUAUUCAAUUUGCAAAAAUGUUUUUAUGAAACUUAUACUAAUCACUCAUGUUUGCAAGGAUAGAAGUGGCGAAGGUUCUAAAUGUCCAUUUUCCCCUAGGUGAAGGGCUUGUGUGGGUGGUCAGUUUUCAACAAAAUGUGACUCGAUUGGGUGUAAUGUUACAGUAUCAGGCCGUGAAAUAACAGUGUGAUGACACUAUACAAGUGUGUUAACUAACACCAUCACCAAAGGACCCCGUUUUUUUGUCUUUUCCCUUUUCUUUCUUAUUUUCCCUCAGCUACACGUCAGCAGAUUCAUCAUGUAGUUAUACAAUGUAUACUACAUAUUUUUAUGAAAUAUGCAAUUUUUCUUCAGAAUUUAGAGUUGUGCUCAAUGUUAAUGCUAUCAAAAUUAAAAUCAGUGUAUUUUAACCAAAUAUCUUUCAUUUUGGAAUCUUUGAUACUUAAAUAUAUCAUAUCAUACUCAAACAUACAUAUAAAGAUAUUUUUUGGCGGUUUUCGGGCUAAAUUGUCUCCGUUGUAUCGUUAAUGAGCUAAUUGCUCAUAUUUAAGCAACUCGCAAAGAAAACUUAAGUUACCUUUUUCGAUUAAAAUCUUUUUUUUAUCUUAAAACAUAAUCUUAAAAAUCAAAAUAUAAACAUAUGAAAGUUGCUUAAAUAUGAAUGUAUAUUUACAUA